AUGUCCUUCCUCUCACAGUCAUCUCCUUUUCUUCCUCUACCUCAUCGUAUUUUCUCGCAAAACCAGGUUCUUGUGGCUCGAAAUUGCCUCCAGUACAUGGGGAUGGCCGAUGUUGGGAGAAAAAAUGGAAUUUGCUUUAUUAGGUCCACAAAAUUCUUCACGGGUAGGAUGGAUCAGUACUCACCUGAGGUAUUCCAAACCUCCCUGGGAGAAAAAAUGGCAAUAUUUUGUGGUGCUCAAGGAAACAAGUUACUUUCAGCAAUGACAACGAAUUUGUCACCUCAUGGUGGCCACAAUCAAUGA